UGCGCGCAGUCACUGUGCCGAGGGCGGCUGAGGGAGAGCGGCCCGGCCCGGGGUGCGGGGCCGCGGGCCCAGACAUUCAGACUUGGGAGAAGUGACCUCGGAAAUAAAAGCGUCAGAAAGAGGAACAGCCCUGGCCAUUGCAGAUUUGGAAUGGAGAGAAAUGGAGGGAGAUGAUUGCGAGUUUCAUUAUGGAGAUGGUACAAACGAGGCUCAGGACAAUGACUUUCCGACAGUGGAGAGAAGCCGCCUUCAAGAAAUGCUGUCACUUCUGGGACUUGAGACGUACCAGAUCCAGAAACUCAGCCUCCAGGAUUCUCUGCAGAUCAGUUUUGACAGCAUGAAGAACUGGGCCCCCCAGGUACCCAAAGACUUGCCUUGGAAUUUCCUAAGAAAGCUGCAGGCCCUCAAUGCUGAGGCCAGAAACACCACCAUGGUGCUGGAUGCCCCCCCGGACGCCCGGCCCGGGGAGAAGGAGGGCCAGAUGGAGGAGGAGGUCCUCUACUGGGACACGGCCGAUGACGUCGCGGCUGACAUCUACUCCUUCUCCGAGCUGCCCACCCCAGACACGCCGGUGAACCCCCUGGACCUGCUCUGUGCCCUUCUGCUCUCCGCAGACAGCUUCCUGCAGCAGGACAUCGUCUUAAAGAUGUUCCUCUGCCAGUUCGCUCUCCCUCUGGUGUUGCCCGACUCAGAAAACCACCACCACACGUUCCUGCUGUGGGCCCUAAGGGGCCUAGUGAGGACGUGGUGGUCGCAGCCCCCGAGAGGGCCAGGGAGUUUCAAAGACGACAACGUGGUCCUCCCCAGGAUGCCCACCUUUGCCUUUGUGCGCAUGGACGUGAGCAGCAACUCCAAGUCUCAGCUUGUCAAUGCCGUUCUCAGCCCAGGCCGCCGGCCGCGUGACUGCUUCUGGCAUCGGGACCUGAACUUGGGCGCCAGUCCGCGGGAGAUCGCAGAUGGGCUUGUUGAAAUCUCCUGGUUUUUCCCAAGUGGCAAGGAGGACUUGGACAUCUUCCCUGAGCCUGUGGCCUUUGUAAACCUGAGAGGUGACAUCGGGUCUCACUGGCUGCAGUUUAAGCUGUUGACAGACAUCUCCUCCGCCGUGUUUAUACUGACUGACAACAUCAGUAAGAAGGAGUACAAACUGCUGUUAUCUAUGAAGGAGUCGAACACGAAAUACUAUUUCAUCCUGAGUCCCUACCGCGGGAAGCGGAACACAAACCUCAGAUUCCUGAACAAGUUGAUCCCUGUGCUGAAAAUCGACUACUCACAUGUUCUGGUGAAGGUCAGCAGCACGGACAGCGAGAGCUUCGUGAGGAGGCUGCAGUCCAUUGUGCGCUGCGUGAUGAGGUCCCCCUGCAGGAGGUUGUCCGUGGAGGACAUGGCCAAUGCGGCCCGCAAGCUGGGCCUCAGGGUGGACGAGGACUGUGAGGAGUGCCAGAAGGCCAAAGAGCAGAUGGAGAAAAUUACCAGGAAAAUCAGAGAUCCCGAGGCCUACAAAAAGGAGGAGCUGCGGCUGCAAGGAGAGCCUUGGAGGAAGGUGGCGCAGGUGGAGAAGGAGCUCUGCCAGCUUCAGUGGGCUGGAGACCCUCCCGAGAAGUGCAGGUCUGAGCUAAGGGGUAGGUUGCUGGAGCUCCGGGCGCAGCAGAACAGCCUCGACCCCACCUGGGGGGUGCAGGAGUUUGUCAGGGGCAUCAGCAGCCCCUCGCCGGGUGAGAAGCAGUACUUCCUGAGGUGGAUGGAGCUGGGCCUGGCUCGCCUGGCCCAGCAGAGGCUGAGGCCUCCUCCAGAGACUCUUCUCAGCCUGAGGUCCAAGCAUUGUGGGGCCGUGGACGCCACAGAGCCACUCUGGCCUGAUCCCCUGGGGGUGGAACACUUUCUGCGGGAAAUGGGACAGUUCUACGAAGCUGAAAGCUGCCUGGUGGAGGCGGGGAAGCUGCCGGUGGGCCAGCGGCGGUUCGCCCACUUCCCAGGCCUGGCUUUGGAGCUGCUGCUGAGGGGGCUCCCACUGGAGCUGGUCGACGGGGGCAGCCUGAGCGUCCCCCUGCGCUGGGUCACUGGGCUGCUGAAGGAGCUGCACACCCGGUUGGAGAGAAGGUCACGCCUGGUGGUUCUGUCUGUGCUGGGGGUACCAGGCACGGGCAAGUCCACGCUGCUCAACACCAUGUUUGGGCUGCGAUUUGCCACUGGGAAGAGCAGCAGCCCUCGGGGGGCCUUCAUGCAGCUUGUGGAAGUGGCUGAGGGUUUCAGCCAGGACCUGGGCUGUGACCACAUCCUAGUGAUAGACUCGGGGGGUUGGAUCGGUGGGGCCCUGACCACAGCAGGGGAGAGGUUUGAGCUGGAAGCCUCCUUGGCCACUCUGAUUAUGGGACUGAGCAACGUCACCGUGGUCAGCUUAGCAGAAACGAGGGACGUCCCACUGGCUCUUCUGCACGCGUUUCUGAGGCUGGAAACCACAGGACACACUCCCAGCUAUCAGUUUGUGUACCAGAACCUUCAUGGCACAUCUGCCCCCAGCCCCCAGCUGAAAGAUGGGAGGCAGUGCCCAGAGCUGCUGAGUGAGAGGGGCCUGGCUGUGGGCUGUGGGGAGGUGCGAGGGGAUGGUAUCCGGACACUGGCUGACGUGGCCUUUGGUGACCCUGAGAAACAGCACGUCUGGCACAUUCCUGGCCUGUGGCAUGGGGUGCCCCCCAUGGCUCCUGUGAGCUUGGGAUACAGCGAAGCCAUUUUUGAAUUGAAGAGAUGCCUGCUAGAAAACAUCAGGAAUGGCCUAUCCAACCAAAACAAAAAUAUCCAGCAGCUCAUUGAGCUGGUGAGGAGGCUGUGAGUUCAGAGAGAAAGGAAGCUGAGCAGCAGAACACCUGCUACGUGGGGCCUGUGUGAACAGGAGUGGGCUUCCACAUGGGGGUGCACCCCAGGCGGUGACACCCCAGCCCUGGACCGAGGCCUGUUGAGAUAGUGUCUGGUGCCUGAUCCAGCAUGAGAAGGAAGAUAAGCAACAGAUUGGGAGCCUGGUGUCUCCUGAAAAAUGUUUCAAAAGGAAGUAACCUCACAAACAAGUACCUGGGGGGAGGGGGCAGCGGAGAGACACAGAGCAGGAAUUUGUUUUCUGGCUCUGAGCCCCCUGAAGGCUCCUCUGAGGCUGGUCUCUUGUCCAGCUGACCUCUUUCCUGUAGCCCUGGGUGGUGAGUAGCUGCCUUCAGUCCCUCCAUGCCUGGCAGUCAGGGACACCCAGGAGAGAGGUGGGGGACAUCAUCCUGAGCACGCAGGAGUAGGCCCCUCCUCCACCAGCCCCAGGGGCUCCACGUGGAUCGGGCUGUGGCUCUGCUAGCACCAGAGAAGUUUGGGUGACAUGACCUGCCCCGUUGGGUGUGUGCCAUCGCAGCAUGCAAGGCACGGCUGGGCACUGUGUGUUGACUGACGGUGAAGCCUUCCCUGACACCUCCUCCCCCAGGAAGAGUUGCUUGCUCCCUCGUGUGCCCCACAGCACUAUGUUUAUACCUCUAUGAUGACAUCAACACAGCAUAUUGUAAUUUAUCUGUUUACAUGUCUGCCCCUCCCCCUAGACUGUGAGCUCCUUGAGGGCAGGGGCUGUGUAUUACCCAAGUUUGUAUCCCCAGCGCCCAGCACAGUGCCUGGCACAUUGUAGGCACAUAAUAAAUGUUUGUUGAAUGAAAGACGUGAAUGAGCACAUCAAUGGCAAUGAUGGGCAGCUCCUGCCUCUCUCAGCCUGAACUCAGGGUAACAGUUGGGGGGCGGGGGGAGGAGGUGUAGAGAGUGUCUGACAUGGUGGCUACCUCAUUUAAAAGUCAUUUAAAAAAUGCCUGCUGUUCCUCUCUCUUAAGUAGGACUUUCUGGAAACCAGCGCUCUCACAGAUAGCAAAGGCAGGCUGGGAGUAACAGACGAGGCAUGGUGCCAGGAAACGGAUUUAAUAGGAUUCAGUUAAAAUGUGGUCUGGGUAUCUGAUGGUAAAUAGGACGCUAGCGAUAUAGGUUCUGUACCUGAGAAUGCAAACACGUGUUCAGAACCAUGCAUAGGCAGACAUGCCGUGCCCCUCCACGUGUCUCAGGUCUCAGACACUCGGCCUCCAGCCUUCUAACAACCAUACCAAGGCUGGCUCCCAGCUAAAGGACAUGGUUAUCAUGCUUUGGUACAAAUUCUCUGUCAUGUUAGGGUGACUUGGUGUCAUCAGCCAAGAGCUGCUUGCUGCUCCUGCAUCAAUAUUUCUUUCUAUAAUCAUCAUCUAGCCCAGGGGUCAACUAUUUAAAAAUGUUAAAACCACUCGAAGCUUGCAGACCACAAAAAGCUGGUAUGGGCCAGAUGUGGCCCAUGGGCCAUGGUUUGCUGACCCUUGAUCUGGUCAAAAGAACUCCUUGUAUUCUCCAUAGAAGUCCCACACUUCUCACCUCCCUGCCUCUGCUUGUAUUGUUCCUUUGGCUAAAAUGCCCUACGUCCCCAUCCUAGACACCAUUUUUAAAGUCCAGCAAACAUGCUGCCUCCUCCCUGAGACCUCUUGUCCUCUCAGCGGGAAGCAAACCACUUCCACAAAUUCAUAAGCACUCUACCCCACU